AUGUCUGAUAGCCGCCCUUCGAAUGUGCUGCCGACUCUUCAAGUUAGAGUAGUUCAUUUCAUUUGCGAUCUUGGCUGUUUGCAUGUAGUAUCUGUUUGUUGGGGUGUAUUCACUUGCCCUGUGAUCGAUAAUUUGCCAAGUACUUUCUUGGGCGGCGUCAUUAUCCAUAACAUGUUUGUGUGUUUCAGUGAAGACAAUUUUAAUGAAGACGAAGGUUGUGACUAUGUGGGUGGGCAGGAAGGGGGCCAACCGGGGGAGAAGGAUGAAGAAAAUGGCAAAGUAUCGAAAGGUGUGGGGAAUGCAGGGGAUGCCGGUUACCCCCGGCCGAUGGUGGCAGAGAAUUUCUUGGGUAGAGAGGAUACUUAUGUUGCGUACAAGGAGUUUGCAAGAGCGAUGGGAUUUGGAGUUCGAAAGGGGGAUGCGGGCCGUGUUGAUGGGGUUUGGGUUAGGAGAGAUUUUUUCUACCACCGACAAGGGGUACGAUAUCCCAAGCACUAUGACCGACCUGAGCGAGUUAGGAAGGAGCAGUUGGAGAGUCGAACUAACUACAAAGCAAAAUUAAAGAUUUACUAUGAUGUGCAUCGCAGUUUGUGGAAGGUCAGGACCAUCGUUGAUGACCACAACCACGAUCUUGCUGCGGCAAUGUUUUCCUACCUACUUCCUAGUCAUCGGAAGAUGAGAAACAGCGACAAGGCCCAAGUUGAUAGCAUGAAGCAGUUUGGGAUUCCGACGUUCAAAAUAAUGGCCUAUAUGGCUGGUCAGUCCGGUAGGUAUGGCAUGCUUCGAUUCACGAAGCGUUAUUUGUAUAAUUAUGUUCACGGCCAAAGGGCCGCCCGAAUCAGUGAUGGCGAUGCGGCAGCAACCAUAAGUUACCUAGAGGGUAACGCCGAUGCUGACCUGAGGACAGUGGCACAUUACAUGCGCAACGCUGAAAAUUGCUUAGGGAGCUUAUUUUGGGCCGAUGGAAAGAUGGUGUCAGAUUACCAUUUGUUUGGUGAUGUUGUGGCUUUUGAUUCGACGUAUAAGUCUAACAAGUACAAGAAACCGCUUGUAGUAUUCUCCGGCACGAACCAUCACAAGCAGACAACCAUUUUUGGUUUCGCGUUGUUGGAAGACGAGGAAGUUCACAGUUAUCGGUAG